AGGUAACAAGUCUUGAGGACGCAUGUCAAUUUCCUUUAAUGUUCUCAGCUACUUGUUAAACAUGAAAGGGGGUGGGUGAGGGUAUAUAAGGCACCCCUAAUCUCCCAGUACAGGAAUUUGUCAUUAACCGGCCUAAAACAUGCGCUCAUUGGGAGCUCUGAGUGUCGCGCUGCACGCAUCUCUGCUGGUGCUGCUGGCUCAGGGGAUUCAGAAAUCCAGAGAUGGAGUUUAUAUGAGGCCGCUGCAUCGUCUUUCCGUCAUGGACCGAUCCACCGGGUAUCACCUGCCGACUUACAUGGUGCACCUCUACAGGAAUUUCAAGUCAAACUUUUCCCGGCCGAUGGAUAGUAUGGAGCAAGACGCCGCGAAGCAAGCAGACACAGUGAAGAGUGUGAUGGCUAAAAGUUUGACGUACAGACAUAGGCACUGGGUUGUGACCUUUGACCUCCACACCCUGCUGGCCGACAAACAGAUCCAGGCAGCAGAGCUGAGAAUCAAGCUUCCCCGGACACUGAGCGAUCACAACAUCUCUGUGGAGGUCUAUCACCAGCACGGUCAGGCAUGCCAUACACACAAGAUCUGCCAAGAGCAGCAGCUGGUGGGGCUGCUCACCGAAUCAUCACUGGUCACUUCAUCACAGAGCUGGAAAGUGUUCAACAUGACAAGUCCUCUCUUGGACUGGCUCAGACAAAAAUCGACAGCGAGAAUUCGACACAAAAGAGUGUCAAGGAGGAAGAAGGUGGUAAAGACAAAGAGAGGCCUGUCGCUUCCCGAUCAGCCCAUCUACGCAGCGAGGAGGGAGCAGGAUGUGAGUGAUCGAGCCUUGCUGGUCGUCUUUUCACACACUGGCUCAGAUGAAAACUCAAAGGCCAAAGCAAGCUUACUUCACACAGCUGAACAAUCCAAGUUCUUGUCCCCUGCUGAAAUCAAAAAGGCCCGCUGGCCAAAGAGGCGCAGGAGCAAACGGGGCCAGAGAGAACAAACAGCGAGGAGCCCACAGGUGUCCAAGAGAGGGAGUGAAAAAUCUCUCUGUCGCAGAGUCGACCUGCAUGUAGACUUUAAUCAGAUAGGCUGGGGGUCCUGGAUUAUCUUUCCUAAAAGGUAUAAUGCCUACCGCUGUGAGGGAUCUUGCCCUGGUCCUGUGGGAGAAGACCUAAAUCCUACAAAUCAUGCUUACAUGCAGAGUUUACUGAAACAUUACCACCCUGACAAAGUGGCAUCCCCCUGCUGCGCUCCAACAAAAAUGAGCCCACUGAGCAUGCUGUACUAUGAGAAUGGAGAAAUGCUCCUUCGACAUCACGAAGACAUGAUUGUGGAUGAGUGUGGCUGCCAGUGACAGCUGCAACCAUCUCCAAGCGUGACCCGUGUUGCUGAGCAGCCCAAAAAUGCUGUGCAAAAGCAACUGAUUUCUAGAAAACAAAAGAUAACACUUAGCCAGAAGGGGAAAAAAAGCUCUUUAAUAUUUGUCACUGUACAGUGUUAAGACUGUAGCUGAUUUAUGUGCAGAGAUAUGACUUUAAUUUGUGAUGUGAGCUCUGAUUUGUAAGGAGAAUGUUGUCAUUUUUUUAGAUGUGCUGAAACAUAAAUAUAACAAUAAGGUAGCAUCUUUCUCUCCAGCUGUGUGCAGCUGUCACAAUCUAAUGUAAAAGUUUACUCUCCUUAACUUAUCAAUUUCAUCAAUAUAAACAUGAAAUGGCAAUGUUAUUGAAUAUUCCAGCACUGUUUUAUUGUACACUACCAUUUGUGUAACUGUAAAUUAAUGUAUAUUUAUUGUAAAUAUUAAAAUAAAACAUGUAUUUAUGUACAUUUUGCACAUGGAAUAUGUAUUUUGUUAUUAUUUAUUACUUAUACCAGGUUAUAUACAAAAGAUGGCACUGAUUGUCAGAUUCUUUGACCAGAUAUCUUCUGAAUUAAAACAAUGUUAAUUAGUUCUUGCUGCCAUGUCUUUUGACAGCAUUUAAUGUUUGAGAAUUUUAGUUUCAUUUCUUAAAGUAAGGUAUGGAAAAAGGAUUGUUUUGAUAUGUGAUAUCCAGUCUAACUUUUUCUGAGCUGUCUGGUUUGGUUUAUGCUGUCAUGACAAAAUACAAUCAUAACAUACCCGCAAACAUAUCCACAACACACAGUAUACUGUAGGUCCCUGCUUGAAUCACUGGCACAUUUACCUGGAACCACUGUGUGUAAUUCAAUAGAGCAGCCACACCAAAAGAGGCGGACCAUUCUAGUUUCACAGUGUUUCAACCAUCCAUGGUGAGUCAUGGUCAAAUUCCACUGAUGUUCACUAAUUCAGAAUAAAAGCUCUGUAUAACAGAAGAGAAGGUAUAAAUCCAUCAAUCCCCCAACCUCACCCCACCUAUACACCCUUUUCCCCAUUCUUAUAAG